AUGCCAAUAUUUGCAACUAAACCAGUACUCGGCCAACCCCGGGCUGCAGUGUACUCCAAAUACAGCCACCCUCUGCAGUUUGUCAAACAGGUUGACAACAAUGCAAAGCUAUUCCUAGGGACCCGUAUACCGAAGACUGCUACGACCGGUGUGCCGUCUGUGUUGACGGACCAGGAGGGGGUCGAGAUCGCCGUGUUACCGGGGGAUGAGACUGGCCGGAGUGGGGCUGUUAUAACUGUCCCACCGUGCAGGGCUGUAACAACUUUAAUUGUGCGGCUUCCGAGUACAGAUACUGAGGUCCGACAUGGAGGCAACUCGUCACCCAUCCGUAGGAAAAGUAAGGCCUUCAACGCCAAGCUGCAGGAAGGAGAUGAAGUAAUCAGUGUAAACGGCCACAACGUCCGCAACGUGGGACGGGAUGUUGCCAUGGGUUACGUGGACGCCACCGUGGAUACACUGGACUUGGAAAUUGUUAGACGGAGUAACGGUGGGCAGUCCAUACCUAUCAACGCCUCAUCUACACAACACGUGAACGGCAGUGCAGAGACCCGCAGGGUACCAACCUAUCAGAUAUCACCUGCUGCGCAGCCGCAGAGACAACAAGGGACUCCACAAAAGAAGCUUGUACCAAGCAUUACACACGUGCAGACUAGAGAUGAACCGGCAGAAAAUGAAGGGAUGCGGAGAGGCAACACGGUCUCCUUCAACCCUCCAAAGAUCAACGUAGUUGCCAAACCAGCCGUUUGGUCCCCAGGUGGCCAAACACAACCCGCCAAGAAAGCACCAUUAGCAUAUUCAACCAGUGCGCCGGCGCACACCACUUCAGCGCAUGUGCAGUAUGGUGUGGAAGGGGACCAGGAAAACCAGCCCACGUUUCGGAAGGUAGUCCCACUGAUGUCAGCUCCAUUGCCGAAGACGAAGACCCCUUUCCAGGAGAGCCAACAGAAUGCAUCUCCUAAGCCAGUUCGAUGGGAGCCACAGAUUCAAGUUUCGAAUAAGCCGAGGAAGGAGGUGGAAUCAUCCUCAACGACAACUUGGUCUGGCAACGUCUCUGGCCCGAGGAGGACAUCUGUCGGCAAGGAGGUCACCAUCACCUUUGCACCUCAGUUACCCUCCCAAUCGAAGAGGCUCUCAACAGACAGCGGUGUGCCACCGUCACCGAUAAAGGAAGAGCCGAUCCAGAUUACUUCCAGAGCACAGAUUCAAAACAAGCCGCAAAUGCCAGUACAGAUCAAGGAAGAACCGACUGUAAUCUUGAGACGUGCAGCACCAUCAACAGACUCAACUGACGGCAAAAGAAGACUCAAACCAGAAACUGAAUAUAAGCGUCCUUACUCAUACCCUGGAAAACACUCCGAGGAUGACCCGGAAAUCUCAACAGAAAUGAGAAUGAAAGCCUGCAAGACCAUUGCAGACCUCCUCAUGUUCCCGGCGGACAAGCACGCCAAAGGUGCCAGGAUGUUUGCCAAACGACGCAAGCGUAGCGACCGUUGGUCAGUAGAGGGCCAGGGUCAAAAGCCAGACGAUGAGGAUGAUGAAGACGACGAGCCGAAAGCCCCACCCGUGGAGAUCACCUUAGUGUCAUCAGGGAGGAAGCCAUUGCCUCCUGGUGCUGUGCCAAUUGGGAUGCCCCUGCCCCCGCCACCCCCUCCUCCGGAACCUGGAAAGAGUAAUAUACCCGUAGCACCUCCACCUCCUCCUCCAGGCACCAAGUACAGGCUGAAAGUGGAGCCCACAAACUUCAAGGUGAACUUGAAGAGUAAAGAUAAGUGCGCCCAUGACAUCGUGAGCCCGGAGGAGAUGGGCCGUCUGGUUGUGGACUUGAAAUCGGCCACCGGUCGCGGAGCUAACAUGUUUGAGAGGCGCCGCCAACGUUCAGAUCAGUUUGUCAUCGACGAAACCAACGCAAAGCCGCCACCAGUAUUGAAAAAGCCAGACAAGCCCAAGGGAUAUUCCUCCGCGCAGAUCAAGAUGAAGCAAGAUAAUCCAAUGAUUGUCCCUAAGAAAUCACCCUGGGAAGCAGCAAUGGAAUCACCUGUGGGUAACUGUGACGAAGCUUUUCAUCAUAUCAAACCGAAGAGACCAUCCCUGACGCAGGUAGAUGGUUUGACAACGAAGGGACACGGAGCUCCACAACCUAAACCUAAACCACCAGCAGCUUGGAUGACCACUUCAAAAAUCGUACCUGAUGUACAAUCAAAAGCUUUGUCUGAACCACCCAAAAUCAAACCCAAGUUCAACGCCAACGAUCCCAAGUCCAUGCAGCAGACUGCUUCGCCAAUCUCCAAACCUGCGUUUAAUGCCAAGAAGCACUCAAUCGAUUCAAAAUCUCAAGACUUUAACCCCAAACCACGGGGAUGGAAUUCUCCAAUAAAUUCUGGUGAGACGACCCCUACCUCCCAAACGUCAAUGAACUCGGCAGAAGAUACCCACGUAGGCCUGGGCUCAAUCUUCCCGACUAAGCCAGCUAAGUACAGCACAGGCUUCAGUGACUAUAACCGAAAACCGCGCGGAUGGGGCAACUCCGAUGAGCCACAACCCAAUGCUGCCACCAACGGCAGGCCGGCCAGCUAUUCUUAUGGUUCAAAGCCUUCUCCAAUGAGCGUUCAUUCGGGGCGUGUCUCGGGUAACCUUUGAUCCACUCGCCUUAAGAACUUACGCAUGUAAUGAAUCUUAUGAAAUGACGUCAUACAGCCGCCAUCUUAGAGGGUUAAAGGCACCAAUGGAAAUGCACUGAUUUGUACGUGCGGCGCACAGAGAUUGGUAAAUGAAGCACCAUGUUUUGACCUCUAGGCGAGGGCGCCCCACCCAAAUGACGUCAUGUGCAUCAGGUCUUCGUGUGUUUUAGACCACUAUACAAAGAGCACAAACCCUUAUUAUUUAGUGUCUGUGGUGACGUCAGUGAUUAAGAUUCUAGACUGCUUCCCAUUGGAGGGCCAUACUUUUUCCUUUUUGGUUACCAUGACAAAUUAUGAGUCCAUAAAACUAUGUUCAAAAACACAUUUUCACAAUUUAACGUCAUCUUCAGUGAACUUUACAAAUGUUUUAAACAUCGAACUUAUUUGUUGAGCUUUGUGUCAUAUCAAAUCAAAUUAGUUUGGAAAAUGCUCGGUUGGGGUGUAUGAAUAAUAGCUGUACAGUUGUUCCUUCUGUUAAUAGUAAAUUUUCGCGUGACCUCUAAGUAGAUUUUACAAGUUUUGUACAUUAUAAUAGCUUGAAAUUAUUGAUUGAGUUCAGUGUGUGUGUAUGUGUGUCUAUCACACAAAAAUUGUCAGGUAUCCGACAAGCUUUUACCUUUUAAUGGUUGACGAAGCAUAGCAACGGAAUGUUCAACUCGCUUUAUAGGAAUAUUUUUGUUCAUCUGCUUAAUAUUGGCUCAUUGUCUCUAAUAAGCCAAGAUAAAUAAUGAUUGUGACAUAAAACAUAGUGUCUUGCCGAAUGUUGCCACCAAAUUGACUUUGUGUUUUUACAAAUAGCUGCACCGAUGCCCUUAUAGUAGUUUGUAGUGAAGCAUGCUGCGUUGAGGAAAACCAGUUACAUAACCUGUGUACAGAAUGACUUUUCGUGGGAUGAAAUACGAGAAAGUCCGGCUAUUGGAAGGGGAAUUGGAAGCCAACGGAACUUCACAGAAUGGAGAUAUUUCUUUGCAUAAUGAUGACAGAAGACGAAGAGAAAAUGCAUGAAACCUGCUAAGCCGUCUCUGUAAAAAAAAAAACACAUUACGCUGCAGGCAGGAUGCAAUUGGGAGACAUUGUCACGUUCCCUGAAGGUCGUGCAUAAGUCAUUAUGAAGUGGGUCAUACGUCACAGGUACCAGACCAUAAACUGAUCGAGCCUCAUGGACUAUGAUAAACCAAGAUGGCACAGCGUGAUAAGAGAUGAUCAUGAACUACGAUCGAGAUAAAAAUGACACAGCCGUGGUAUGAAAAAAAGUCGGGCUGUGAAUGAACUAGUGACUUCGGCUUUGUGUUUGGACAAUAACAAUAAAAAAGGUUUGUUUAUGUGACCCAGACAGAUCAGUUGAAGUCACCAAAACAGCCUAUGCUGUUAAAUGUUCAACCCUGAUUUUUGCAUAUACAUGUAGAGAUCGUAGGCUUGGAUAGCUGUUUCGCUGCACGGUAAAAGUGUGCUUUUUUUAUAGGAAAGGUGUUUUAUCAAUGAAAAAAGGUGAAAUUCUUGUUGAUUUCCUGAAACCAACCAUGACAACUCAUCCCUGAUUGGACAGUUUUCUACAGAAGGUGACAGAGGAUUGUUUGAAGGAACGGAAGAAGAAGAAGCGCGAGCAGCUAUCGGGCGUAUAAGGAUUACAUAGUCCUAAACGUGAUUCUGUAGUAUGGUGAUUAGGAAUACGGCUCGCUGAUGAAGUUCACAGACAGGUCUCAAAGCUCGUUAAUGAUUAAAGACGUUGGACACUAUUGGUAGUUGUCAAAAUCCAGUCUUCACACUUGGCCGUAUCUCAACAUAAGCAUAAAAUAACCGACCUGUGAAAUUUUGAGACAAAAAAUGUAUACAGAUUGAUGAUCGUCUAAAAAUGGCACAUAAUCUGGGUCAAAUUGAGUUCAUAAUGAGUCUUGAUGGACACCCGAAUGUAUAUGGAACUGACAGCCUUGUGCAGGACCCAUUUGAAAAGCACCAAGAGAAAACUCGGGUUGUUAAACCAUGGCCACAUUUAUAUGAGCUGUCAUAUAAUUAUGAGACAAAGAUUGCUCAAAAAAAGGUCACUCCGAAAAAUGAGAUGUGAACCAGCUACACUGCAAAAAACUGAGGUGUUAAAUUAACACCAUGGGUGUUGUCGUAUAUAGAUACCAAAAAAAGAAUCAACAAGUAAGGGUGAUGAAAUAACACAAUAUUAUUUAAAGACAGUUACAUGGGUGUUAAUCCAGGUUUCGCGUGCCGCGAACGGAUACGGUUAGUGUGACGGAUACGUCAUCAUUAUGACGUCAUACGCUACUCGCUAUCCGCUAUAGACCUUUCUUUUGCAACGUCACAG